UUUUUUCGGAAUCUGUAAAAUCCAUAAUUCUAGGUUAGGUUUUGAAUGUGGUGAAAAGUAUCAUAAUUUUGUACUUUUAUCAAUUUUUUUGCUAGUAGAUUUAUUACCUGAAUGAAAUAAUGUCUAUUGAAGUAUUUAAAAUGUUUGUAAUAGAUAAUUCGUGUAUGUUAGGGAUAAUACUAUUUUUCUUAUGGUUGGAGUACAUUUGGGAGCUGUACUUAUCAAUUAGACAGUUCCUGUUAGCUAAUAGAACGGAAAAUGUACCAGAUGAUUUGAAAGAGGUAAUGUCCCAGGAAACAUUCGAAAAGGCAAAACUAUAUCACCUGGACAAAACCAAGUUUGGAUUUGUUAAAGACACCUUUUCAAUUAUCCUUUCGUCUAUUGUGUUAUACACAGGGAUAUUAGCAAUUUUUUGGGAUUACUCUACUAAGAUUUCACCAGCUGAUAAUGAAGUUGCAGUUAGUUGCAUAUGGAUAUUCUUGUUAACUAGCAUGUCUACUGUUUUGGACUUACCAUUUUCCAUUUAUUUCACGUUCGUGUUGGAAGAAAAAUAUGGAUUCAACAAGCAAACUGCAAGAUUCUUUGUGAUUGAUAGGAUCAAAGUGUUUGCCCUCAGUCAGUUCUUGAGUUUACCAAUAUCUUCUUUGGCAAUCUUGAUUGUGAAAUAUGGAGGAGACUGGUUUUUCAUGUGGCUGUGGGCUUUUGUAGGUCUUGUUAUGCUCAUAUUAUUAACUGUGUAUCCCACAUAUAUUGCACCCCUCUUUGACAAAUUCACUCCGUUGCCUGAAGGAGAGCUAAGGUCUGAAAUAGAGAUGUUAGCAACCAAGCUCAACUUUCCUUUGGGACAAUUGUACGUCGUAGAGGGCUCCAAAAGGUCUGCACAUAGCAAUGCUUACUUUUCGGGAUUGUUUGGUGUAAAGAGAAUAGUGCUGUUUGACACCUUGAUCGAUAAUUACGAAAACAACGAAGUGCUAGCUGUUUUAGCACAUGAAAUUGGACACUGGAAGUAUGGACACAUUAUCAAGAAUAUUGUUAUUAUGGAGACAAGCCUGUUUCUUCUAUUUAUGGUCUUUGCAUAUACUUUCAAAAUUCCUCUUCUUUAUGAAGCUGUUGGUUUCCCUUCUGGUGUAGAGCCGGUCUUGGUGGGGCUCUUGGUCGUUUUGCAGUACAUUAUGGUACCCUAUAAUGCAUUUUUGUCGUUCCUUUUGGCUUGCCUUUCAAGAAAAUUUGAAUUCCAAGCAGACCAGUUUGCUUUAAGACUAAACAAAUCUGAAUCAUUACGUUUAGCUUUGAUCAAGUUGAAUAAAGAUAAUUUAGGAUUUCCAAUUUAUGAUGAACUCUAUUCUGCCUGGCACCAUUCACAUCCGUCUCUGCUUGAAAGACUGAGAGCCUUAAAGGACGAAAAAAAGAGAGAAUAAUAGUUAGUUAAGUGUGUAUACUUAAUUAAUAAUUCUAUUGCAUUUACUUAAACGAAAUACAUGCAGAAUAUUAAAAUUUUGUAAAUAUUAAUCUAUUUUGUAUUUAUUUGACUUCUUAUUAGUGUCCUUGUAGGGAAUAAAAGUUAUUUCGAGUUUCUCGUUCUUAAUAAAGGUAAGAAUAAUG